GUGAGACAGACGCCGACCAUUGAUCCGUCUGCUGUUUGGCAGACUAGUUCCGGGUGAAGGAGAAUCGGUUUUUUUCCCUCGUUCCCUUCUCUGGUGUAAUUGUAAAUUUUUUUGGGUUUAUGUUAGGGGAGAAAACCCAAAUUUGGCCAGGGUUGGGGCGAAGAGAACAGAGGCGUGGAGAGGGUGAAAUGGCAGCAAAUGUCUCUGAAUUUUUUUCCUGCUCGUUUGCGGCUGCCGCCCCUGUCCGAGUUUUGUACCGAGCAAAGUGAAGAAGUUCUCCCUCCCCGCCACUGUGAGCAGCGGCUGUAUAACUAGGAAAUAAAGUCGCUUGGUUGCCUUCCCUGAAACGGACAACAACUUCGCCUUUUGCUUAGCGUUGUUGAACAUUUAGCUCGAAAAGCGGUGUGAAGGCAGUGCAAAGUGAUCCCCAGCGACCCAAUUCAAGGAGCUGUGGAGCAAAUCAUCUGAUGCCUGCUGCAGAUUUGAAGAAGCUUUGUGAGUUGUAAGGUGAGGAAAGAAACUUUGCCUGCCAUUACAUGAUGAUGGCCUGUAUUACAGUAACGGAUAUGGACACCGGGUCAGCCCCACUUCAAAAUGGAGAUCUUCAUCAAAGCUCACAGGCGCCCAAACAGACUGGAGCGGGACUUCAAGUAAAACUUUAUCCCAUCCCCGGCAAACAGGAUAACAACUCCCUAACGUUUCCACCAGAUAAAUAUGUCGCAGAAGAGAUUUGCAUUGCAGCUGCCAAAGCCUGUGGUUUUCCACCAGUGUAUUAUACUCUUUUUGCUCUGAUGAAUGAAAGAGACCGGUAUUGGUAUCCUCCAAACCAUGUCUUUGACAUCGAUGACUCUGCAGAUGUAGCCACCAUUUUUCGACUAAGAUUCUACUUUCCACAUUGGUACAGCCCUGGAAAUAAUAGAGCCUAUCGUUAUGGAGUUGCCAAGGGUUCAGAGAGUCCCUUUAUUGAUGAUGCCAUCAUGACUUACCUUUUUGCUCAGUGGCGUGAUGACUUCAUUAAUGGAUGGAUAAAAAUACCAGUUACACAUGAAACACAAGAGGAAUGCCUUGGUAUGGCCGUGCUUGAUAUAAUGAGAAUAGCCAAGGAAAAGGACCAGUCACCUUUGGACAUCUAUCGUUCGACUAGUUACAAAUCCUUCUUGCCGAAAAAUAUUCGUCUACAGAUCCAAAAUUACCACUUCGUAACAAGGAAGCGGAUUCGAUUCCGAUUUUACCAGUUUAUCCGGCAGUUCAGCCAGUGCAAUGCAAGUGCCCGAGAUUUGAAGUUGAAAUAUUUGAUUAACAUGGAAACUCUUCAGCCUGCCUUUUUCUCGGAGUAUUUUGAAGUGAAGGAGCCAGUACAAGGACCUUCAGGAGAAGCUGUAUUUACAACGAUUGUUGUAACUGGAAACGGAGGCAUUCAGUGGAUGAAGGGAAAAUGUAAAGACAUGGAUUCUCAACCUGAUCAGGAGCUACAGCCUUAUUGUGAUUUCCCUGAAAUCAUCAACGUUAGUAUCAAGCAAGCAAGCAAGGAUGGCUCCUCCGAGGGGAGAAUAGUCACAAUAAACAAACAGGACAGCAAGACCUUGGAAGUUGAGUUUCCGUCCUUGAAAGAAGGCUUCUCGUUUGUCUCCCUAAUCGAUGGAUACUAUAGGCUAACUGCCGACGCUCAUCAUUAUCUCUGCAAAGAGGUUGCACCUCCUAGAUUAUUGGAAAACAUCCAGAGCAAUUGCCAUGGACCCAUCUCGAUGGACUUUGCUGUGAAUAAACUCAGGAAGGCCGGAAAUCAGAAAGGCUUUUUCAUUCUUCGAUGUAGUCCCAAAGAGUUUAAUAAAUACUUUCUCACCGUCGCUAUAGAGAAGGACAAUGUGAUUGAAUGCAGGCAUUGCCUGAUUACCAAGAAUGAGAACAAUGAAUACAAUCUGAAUGGAGCAAAGAAGACUUUCAGCAGCCUGAAAGAGUUGUUGAACUGCUACAAAAAAGAAACUGUCCGAUCUGAUGGUGUUUUGUUCCAGUUUAGCAAAUGCUGUCCACCAAAACCCAAAGAUAAAUCUAAUCUUCUGGUCUUGAGAAGUAACAGUGCAUCUGAUGUGCCGACAUCUCCGAUGCUGCAGAGGCACAAUGUCUGCCAAAUGGUUUUUCACAAAAUCAAGAAAGAAGAUUUGGUUUUUGGCGAAAGUCUUGGGCAAGGAACAUUCACCAAAAUCUUCAAAGGAAUACGGGUAGAAGUGGGAGACUAUGGUCAAAGAUACGAGACGGAGGUUCUACUAAAGGUCCUAGAAAAAGCGCACAGAAAUUACUCUGAGUCCUUCUUUGAGGCUGCAAGUAUGAUGAGCCAACUGUCCUAUAAGCAUUUGGUGUUGAAUUAUGGAGUCUGCGUGUGUGGUGAAGAAAAUAUCAUGGUUCAGGAGUAUGUGAAGUUUGGAUCAUUGGACACAUAUCUGAAGAGAAACAAAAACAUCGUGAACAUCCUGUGGAAACUAGAGGUGGCAAAACAACUGGCUUGGGCAAUGCACUUCUUAGAAGACCGAAACCUUGUCCAUGGAAACGUAUGUGCCAAGAAUGUCCUGAUGAUCAGGGAAGAGGACAGGAAGACUGGAAACCCUCCAUUCAUAAAACUUGCUGAUCCUGGAGUCGGUAUGAUGGUUCUACCAAAAGAUGUUCUCGUUGAACGGAUUCCCUGGGUGCCACCAGAAUGCAUUGAGGAUCCCAAGAAUUUGAGCCUGGCAACAGACAAAUGGAGUUUUGGUGCCACUUUGUGGGAGAUUUGCAGUGGUGGAGAUAAACCCUUGGGUCCAUUUGACUCCACGAGGAAAAUGCAAUUUUAUGAAGAUAAGCAUCAACUUCCUGCACCCAAGUGGCUAGAGCUGGCUAAUCUCAUCAAUCUCUGCAUGAAUUAUGAUCCAGACUUCAGGCCUUCAUUUCGUGUCAUAAUACGUGACUUGAACAGCCUUUUUACCCCAGAUUAUGAGUUGUUGGCUGAAAGCGAUCUACUCCCGAACAUGCGAGGUGGUGGGCUUGGUUUCCUGGGAGCUGGAACAAACAAUGAUGUUGGGCAGUUUGAGGAACGCCAUCUCAUAUUUUUGCAACAGUUGGGCAAGGGUAACUUUGGCAGUGUUGAGCUCUGCCGGUAUGACCCACUCCAGGACAGCACAGGCGAUGUGGUGGCCGUGAAGAAGCUACAACAGAGCACCGCAGAACACUUGCGCGACUUUGAAAGAGAAAUUGAGAUCCUCAAGUCCCUUCAACACGACAACAUUGUCAAGUAUAAAGGCGUGUGCUACAGUGCUGGACGACGAAACUUGCGAUUAAUAAUGGAGUACCUACCUCAUGGUAGCUUGCGUGACUAUUUACAGAAGAAUAAAGACAGGAUUGAUCACAAGAAGUUGCUUGUCUAUGCUUCUCAGAUCUGCAAGGGAAUGGAGUAUCUAGGAACCAAGCGAUAUAUACACCGAGACCUGGCAACACGGAACAUUCUUGUAGAAAAUGAGAACAGGGUGAAAAUUGGUGAUUUUGGCUUGACCAAAGUCUUGCCGCAGGACAAAGAAUAUUACAAGGUGAAAGAGCCAGGAGAAAGUCCAAUCUUUUGGUACGCACUGGAGUCUCUGAUGGAAAACAAAUUUUCGGUGGCUUCAGAUGUUUGGAGCUUUGGAGUGGUGCUGUAUGAGCUAUUCACGUACAGCGAGAAGACCAAAAGUCCACCAUCGGAAUUCAUGCGCAUGAUCGGCAGUGAUAAGCAAGGACAGAUGAUUGUCUUCCAUUUGAUCGAGCUACUUAAAGCGGGUAGACGACUGCCAAACCCAGACGGGUGUUCUGACAUGAUGUAUUCAACAAUGAUGGAAUGCUGGAACACUGUGCCAACUCAGCGCCCAACUUUUAAAGAGCUCGCUCAGAAAGUGGACUCCAUGAAGGAUCCUAUGGGAGGAUGAGUUUGCAGAAACUUCAACCGGGAUGCUGUGAAGUCCCAGCACAAAUGCUGCUUUUCCAGUCUGUAUCUGGCACUACCCACUCUUGGGCACUAUGCCACCUCACAGGACUGAUUACUGUGUCAUCAUCUUCAUUCAAGCAAGAAUCACUUAGGACUUCUUACUCGCUCUGGGGAAUGUCAGUCCUUUCAUAGUGACGUUGCAGUUCACCAGGACAGGCUGGUAAAUUAUUGGUGUUGUAACUGCGGUAUAAUUUGCCCACUUCAGGAUGGGUAAUGUGGGUUUAAUGUUACAGCUGUUUAUAACAGUAGGAGUUAACUAUGUGGUGAUGAAACUUCCUGUACAGCGAUGCUUGGAGUUUAUCAUUGUCACAAUCAUCAGAGGGCCUUCAGUGGUGAAUGUUAAACAUUGUGCUACUUGCACGUGAACUGGCUAAAGAAAAAGGCUCUGAUUUAGAAUUUGCCUGUUGUAACCUAAAACUGUGCUAAUAGUAAUUCCGGCAAAGAUUGGAGAACAAUUUCACUGUGUUAUACAGGAUCUUAUUUACACUUGUCAUAGACUAGAUUUCAAACAGGUUUGACGAGAAUGUAGAUGAGUUCCAUGAUAUGAUAUAUUUAUAGCAAAUGUUAAUUUGGCUACAUUAACUACAGAAGGAAAAGAUCAGUAUCUGAAAUUGAAAAUUUUCAUGAAUCAGCUAUGCUGUGGUGUGAGUAUUGUGAUGCAUUAAAUGGUGAUGUAGGAAGUAUGUAUUCCUGCAGAAUAUUGUAAAUGUUGGACUGGUCAUAAGUUCCUCAAGGAUUUGCUUGUGGUGCACAGAUUUGGAAUCUGUAGCUUCACAGUAUCUUGAAGAAACUACAUGAGGGAAUAAUUAUUUGGUACAUGAUCUAGAAUACUCAACAAUGCAUAGUUUGUAGUGACACUUAAUCUGCCUUAUGUUAUCCAUUUGUUAUUGUAUUUAACAUUUGGAUUAAUUAUGAAGGAGAAAUAUGUUGAACACAGUUUGCUUAGGUUAAUUAUAAGAAGAAAAGCUCAGGGAUGUUUUAUGCUUUGUUUUAAAACAAAGAACAAAAUGAUCGAUACAGGAUUAGUUGUUUCAUCCACAAAUUAGUUAACUUACAUAUAUUAAUACAUUCGGAGCUCAUGCCAAAGGAUCUUUUGAGUUCUGCCACCUCCACCACCUUGUAGACACACAGGGGGAAAUAACAAAUACAGUCUUGUCAGCAUUGUGCCCAUCCCAAGGAUUCUUCUUUUUUCAGAGGUCAUGCAAACAUAGUCCUUUCUCCACAAUAGAAAAUCAUUCAUUAGCUACGCAAGCAGCACGACCAAAACAUAAAUGUAAAGUGAUCAACAUCAUAUUCUCCUUUAUUAUUUUAAUUUUUUACAGACUCUUACGUUUACUUCCAUCUGUACAAUAUCAAUUUGUACUCAGAACUCUAAGCAGGGAAAGCAGUGUUGUAAUGAUAUCCUCACUAGAUUACUGAUCGAGGUAUCCAAAUAAUGCUCUGGGGACAUGGGUUUGAAUUAUACCGUGGCAGAUGGUGGAAUAUGAAUGCAAUAGAAAUCUGGAAUGAAGAGUCUAAUGACUAUGAAAUUAUUGUUAAAAAUUCAGCUGGUUCAUUACAGUCCUAUAGAGAAGGAAACUGUGGUCCUUAUCUGGUCUUGCCUACGCAUGACUUCAAAUCCAUGGCAAUGUGAUUGGCCCUUGACAGCUCUCUCGGCAAUUCAGGAUGGGCAAUAAAGUUCUGGCCUGGCCAGAGACACCCACAUCCAAAGAAUGGAACAGAAGUUAUCAUUCGGUGAUGUAGCGUUUGCAUAACAGCAGCUGCAAUUGUGCACUUGGGAACACGGUAUUUUCUGUGAAUGAGCUACACCAUACAGGUUCGUCACCAGCUGAAAACCCACAUUAAGAAGUUCCAUUUAUGAACAGUUAGAGUUAUCCAGCUGAUGAUCAGAAAUCUAAGCUGUGUGUUUGUGCGUUCGUUUCUCUGUUUCGUUACGAUGCACAGGUUGAAGCACUUCAUCCACCACAUAUGAAGCAUGUAAAGUGUUGUAGCAGAAUUGGUCUAGUAUUGAUUGGGAGGAGAAUAGUCAAGUACAAGUAUAGAGUGUAGUAUUCUAAUGUCAGCACUAUGUAUUUCAUAGGACUGUUUUGCUUCUGCUUCCCGUUCUGUGUGGUAUUCCAGCUUUUGAGUAUGAGUUUUGGAAAGGCCACUUCUCGGGUGGAGGCUUAUGAUCCAUAGGCAGUAGUCAUUGUACUGCCUUUACCAGUACACCUGUGAUCCCAUCAAAAUUACUCAGGACCAUGUUCCGUUAAAUAAUAUGUACCAUUGCUGGAGCUAUUAUCAUGUGUUUUAGCUAGGAUUUCAUGUUGCUUCAUGUUAUACUCAUCAAGCUUUCUUGCAAUAUUCACUGCACAGUGAGAAGCCUGGGAGUAUUCUCAUUGGAAUCCAUAGCUGAGGAACAUUUUGAUGCAAUGAAUGCAGUGUAGCAGAUUAGACAUUGUUCAAGCUAUAAAGCAUAUUAGCUUGAGUGCAACUUCUGCAUUGUGCUGAUACCAAACUGCUGAAUAAACCAACAGUGAGCUCUGUAACUCCUCAGGAAUUUCAAGUAAUUCAUGAAGCAGACAAGAAAAAGCCAGAAGAUACUUUCUGUAGGGCUAGGCUAAAUCUAUUCACUUCAAUUCUGACAUUUGCAUCCUCGGAAAUCACUUUGCUUCUUGCAUUUUCCUUUAAUGCGCACUUUUUAAAAUUUAUUUUUCCAUGAAUUUCUAAAAACAAAUAGCAAACUAAUCAACAGUGGACUGUGUACUUAAAUUUGUCUACAAAGUUUUGACAACUUUAGAUUGAAAAGUUUUUUUUAUUGUUACCUGAAUUAAGGAAAAAAAUGUGUGACUGAGACUGUCAGGGUUGAAAUUGGGGAAAAGUAAAGCGCAGACAUACACUUUCAUAAUUGUUGCACCCACUAAAGCCAUUGUGUCCCAUUGUUUAUUUUUUUAAAAAUUAAUUCAUGGAUGUAUGUCAAUGUCACUGGUAGGAUCAAUGUUUGUUAUCUUCUUAAGGACAGUUAGAGAUGGUAAUUGCCAUUAGUCUAUAGUUAAACUUCCACUGCCUGUUCAGAAUACAUGGUGAUUGUAUUUGAAGUACUGUUCUGUGUUGAACUGGCAUGUUGCUUUAUAGUUAGUAAGGAGCCAGUUGGCCAUUUCAUACCUGCAAUGCAUUCCAUAUUUGGAAUGUUUCCCACUUACUUUGGAACUGAAGUCAGAUCUUCAUGCAUUACUUUAUAUAAUGGAAGCUUUAGUAUUGCACAUUGAUAAAUAACAGUCUAAAUUUAUACAACACCUUUACUAACAUACACAGUUCCAAAAUGCUUCGCAAGUAUAUCCGCAAACAAAAAUUUGCCUGUAUAUUUUGGACAUGCAAUCUAAAAAUUGAUCAAAGAGGUGGGUUUCGUCCAGCAACUUAAAGGACGAAAGUGAGCUGGAAAGCUUCAGAGAGGGGUUUCAAAAUUUCAAGUCUAGAUGAUUGGUGAGUCACCCAAACAGAUUUUUAUAGUUUAUUCUCUUUUUUAAUUGGCCAUGGGAAGACCAUUGCCUGAUGUAGGCUAUAUCCGCAUAAUCCAGUGCAUCAGAUUUCUGUCACUCCAAAAUAUGUGUUUGCUUUCUUCAUAACCGGUUGCUAUUCAUCACACAGCCUAUCAGCAGAAAUGUACUUAUGGCAGCGUACAUCAUUUAAUGCAACCAAGAAGGAUUCAAGAGUAAGGUAGUCCUUUCUGUUGGGAAUCCGACUGUAUUCGGUUGGGAAUCUGUUGAUAUGAGCUGAAGGAUUUCUGGUAGAUUAAUAGGAAGGGUGGGGAAUAUGUUUGUUUGAGAUUAUUAUUAUGAGCACAAAAUAUUAGUCAGUAUAAAAUGGCAAACACCAUUUGCAAUGAAACUUGAAAAUGAUCUGAUGCAGUGUCUUCAGAUGGUAUAUGAUGGUGUGAUUUCAAUCAGGAGCGAUUCAAGCUUCAUUUUAGAUUAUCCUCAGACCAGAAUUGUAAGCAUGAUGGAGGAUUUGCUGCCAGGUUUAUAAUGUACAAUAAUCAUGUUAGAGUGGAAAAAUGAAAGUGACAUGGAGGUAGGGGCACAGUGGCUAACUCUGCUGUCUCAUGGAGCCAGGGCUUGAUGGGCUGAAUGGCCUUUUUCCAUAUUAGAGGGAUUCUGUAAGUAAAGGUAUAUCUUUUAAUUGUCACCAUAAAUGUUAACAGGUCGUGAAUUAUUAUAAGAUAAUGUUUGCUUACUGAAGCGUUGUCAUAUUCUAACUACACGUAUGCUUUUGCUUAAAGAAAAUCUUGUACUUUGGCAUUAUUUCUUCAGAUAUUUGCAAAUACUUUUUUUAUUCAUUCUUGGGAUGAGGUCAUCACUGUCUAGGUCAAUGUUUAUUGCCUGUUCCUAAUUGCUCAAGGGCAACUAAGAGUCAACCACAUUACUGAGGGUCUGGAGUCACAUGAAGGCCAGACCAGGUGAGGAUGGCAGUUUCCUUCUCUUAAUGAUGCGAGUGAACCAGAUGGGUUUUUCCCACAAUUAACAUGGAUAUGCGGUUAUCAUUACACUCUUAAUUUCAGAUUAAUUUUCAAUGAAUUCAAAUUCCAUCUUCUACUCAGAGUGAUGACUUUAUACUUGGUAAUAAUUUAGGUAACAGAACACCCAUCACCAGACAAGCAUUAGAAUACAAAAUGUACAUGUUGCAUGGAUCAAAGUGAUCAUUGCCUGUCCAUGUAUAAAUUGACACCACAUUUUGGCAGAAAUCCAUAGUGAUCUAGAAUCCUUGGAGUACUGCGAGGAGAUGUAUAUCCAUUGAUUAAGAUUGACAUUUUUGUAGCUAAUCCUUUAAAGUAUUGUCAAGCACCGAUCGUAACUACAUAGGAGGUGCCAAUUAAUAAUAAUGUUUUGCAUUUUGGACAACCUAACUGACUCUAAGAACAAUUUACCUUAUAAUCUUGGAAUUACAGUCAUGUGUUCUUCAAAUGAAACUUUGGAUAGACAAUAAACGGUGACCUAGCCAGGAAUGCCCACAUCCCAUGAACAAUAAAAAAAAUUCCAAACGCUGGUAGUUACAUUAAUGCCCAUGGAAUUCUACCAUGGGUUUCUCCAAAGUGUUCUAGAGCAAUGCACUGCCAUUUGAGAAAAUAUUGACAAGAUGUACUGUUGAAGAGGUAAAGCAUUAGCAUUAUUUAGCCUCAGACCAAAGCUAUUGACAGAACCUAGUUUCUUAAAUCACUUGUAAAUGUGUUAUGGUUCUUGGUCAUCUUUUGACUCAACUGCGGGGUUCUCAGGCUUGUGUGCACACUUCAUAUGAAAGAGUUGCUUCACUUGUUAUGCAUUUCAGUUCAGUUCAUAGGCACACAAUAACUAGUUCUCUACCAGGGCAGUGGCUGAAUCAAAAUACUCCGUGAUCUCCUCCAUGCUUUUCAAGGGCAUUAAAAAUCUUGAUGCAUUCAGUUCUACUGGUUAGUUUCUUAUCUUGCAAAUGCAUUAAAUCUUGUCAUGCAAAAGGCCCAAUGGCCUCCUUCCAGACUGUAAAUUUUAGAUGAUUAGCUAUUCAUUGAGGAAUGAGUCCUUAUUUUGCUUUCAUCGUUAUAAUUAUUUUAUUGAUUAAUGUUCUUGACUUCACUAUUUCCUUGGUUUACAGUGGGCCUCGUUUGCAAUGAAUGCCUUCAAAAGUAUCUGCUUCCUUUUACAUGCCUUGUUCUGGUUUAUUCUUGCAAUUCCAUCUCUCUCUGUAAGCCAAUUUCACACAAGCAGCAAGUAUUCUCAUAUGUAGUGGAAUUGUUCUUGCAAAAUCUGGAUAUCUGAAAGGUGAUUUCAUUCUUAUUUCUAAACUGUUUUCCAUUGCCAAGAUUCUAAUCUGUUUGUGUUAUCAACAAAUUAUCAAUAACUCCACUGUAAACUUUACUUUCUCCUUGCUGAUGAGUACCAAAUACCAUUCGAUACACAGAUAUGCUGCUUAUGUUGAAAUCGUAUUGCAUUAUAGAGUCUCAAGGGGCUUAACAGGUUAAGUGACAAGAUCAGGUUGUACUAGCUUGCAAUCCUUAGAUCACAGAAUAUUGUGGGUGAACUGGAUGAUGUGUUUAAGAUGCUGAAAGGAUUUCAUAGUGUAAGCACAGAAAAAUUAUUUUCUCUGCAGGAAGUGAGAUCAGGAGGAUAUAAUAAAAUUAGAACUAGGCUAUUUAGGAGGAAAAUCGAACUUUUUUUUUAUUCAUGGCGUUGUAACAGAAAUCUGGACUCCUCUCCCCAAAGCCAAUUAAUGCUCCUUUAGUUGGAUCUUUGGAGAUCAAGGUCAAUUUUUUUUAUUAGGUAAGGGAAACAGGAUUUGGAAGCAAGGCAUCCAAAUUUGGUUGAAAUGUCAAUCAGCCAUGAUCUAACUGAACAGUAGAUCAGGUUGAGGGACUAAAUAGUCUCAUACUGUUCCCAUGUUCCUAUCUCAAAAUUAGAAUUUCUUAUCCUUAGCUUUUUCAUCCUUCUGCAAUGUUUUUCACCUAACUUGGUGCUUUCUAAUAAUUACUUCCUGAUUUCCCCUGAUCAGGUCUCCCCUGCAAAAACUAUGAAUGUUGAUUCCCGAAUUUAAUUUGGAAAUAAACAACCAACAAGACACCAUUCCUCAUGCCUCUGGAACUAUUGGAGUUAAGACCAUAACUCAAUGUUGUCUGGAUGAUACACUUCAGUCUAGCUCAUGCACUGACAAUGAAAUAAAUAUCGCUUGCCAAAUAAUGCUGAUUGUUGGUGAGCUUUCUGCUGUUUUUCAUUUACUCAAUAAUUGUCUUUAACUUAUAGUUUGUUUCAUUUAGGAUGUGAUACUACAAUUUAAUGCAUGAAAAUUCAUUGCUGUCUUUUUGUCUUUUAAAUAAAGGUAAAAUAAUAUUUUCUAUCCAUUUCAAGAGAAUAAGGUAUUGUAUAUAGUUGUGUAAAUAUUAUGGAUGAUUUUACUGGUCAGCUGUAAUUUAAAAGUGCAUUCAUUUCUUUUUCGUUUUAUAGAAAUGUGAUCGCUAUUGUGCCUUGUACAGUAAAAAUGCAUAAACUGUGAUAAACAACAGUAAAUGCAUAUAUAUUUUGUGACUUGAUAUGAGACUUGUAUAAUCUGCUGCUACGUCAUUAUUAUAUUGCAAAUUCAAAUAAUUUUAACAGCUUCUAAAUGUGACCUUGCUUGUAAACUAUUGUCCAUGCAUUUUUUUAAUUUGACCUUUAAUCUGUGUGCAAUU